UGUCAGUACACACUGAAUCUUCCUAGUGAUCACACGCGAAUAGUUUUCAACUCCCUCACUGAACGGACGACAUUUGGCAAGAAAUUUUUGUUGUUACCGGUUGCUAUUUAUAGUUCUGAUAAGUAGCGGGAUUAGAAAAAAGUGAUACCUCCCUGUUGGCAAAGAGAAAAAGAUAACAGUGACAUUUGAGUGUGAGGUUUCAUUGUGCAGUGGUUAACGCUCAUAACGACUGCUGUGAUUCAAAGUGCUGCCCUUUAUACGCCCUCCGCUGGCUGUGCACAGGAAGAACAGAAUGAUUGACGAAAUUAUGGAUUUCGACGGAAUGGCUAGUCUGUCGUUGACUUCUACAAACGAUGUGGAUUCGUGGAUCGCCCAGUUAAAGAAGAAAGAACCUCUGUCACUGAAGGAAGUUGACAACCUAUGCAAGAAGGUGCAAGAGGUUUUAGUGGAGGAGAGCAAUCUGGUUGAGGUUUCAUCGCCCGUCACGAUCUGCGGAGACAUCCACGGGCAGUUCUAUGAUCUGAUGGAGCUCUUCAAAGUGGCCGGAGAACCACCUGAGGUCAAUUAUCUCUUCAUGGGCGACUACGUGGACCGAGGAUAUUACUCAGUGGUCGUGGUUUCCCUCCUGCUGGCGCUCAAGCUGCGAUACCCUCAGCGCGUCACCCUACUGCGAGGCAACCAUGAAUCCCGCCAAACUACCCAGGUUUACGGGUUUUACGACGAAUGUUUCAGCAUUUACAACACGUCGGCUGCGUGGUCGCACUUCAUGGCAGUCUUCGACACGCUUCCUCUCUCGGCCGUCGUCGACGACAGCAUUCUGUGCAUGCACGGUGGCUUGUCGCCUUCCUUGGACACUUUAGACCAAAUCAGAAUCCUGGACAGGUUUCAGGAACUGCCACAUGAAGGCGCGAUGUGUGAUCUGUUGUGGUCUGACCCUGACGAUUCCGGAUGGAGGGCUGGCUGGGGCAUGAACGCUCGCGGGGCUGGAUACAUGUGGGGGGCUGACAUCUCGCACGACUUUACACACAAUAAUGGGCUCGAGUGUGUUACACGGGCGCACCAGGUGAUGGACGGCGGUUUCCAGUGGUGUCACGACGAGAAGGUUGUCACCGUCUUCUCUGCCCCGAAUUACUGCUACAGAUGCGGGAAUCUUGCUGGCUACAUGGUCGUCGAGGAUGGAAUGCAUACUUGUCACACAUUCGAAGCAGCGCCGCGAGAGAAAACGGGACCCCUUAUGAGGAAAACCUUAGGUGGAUAUUUCUUCUAAGAAAUAUAAACUUUUAUAUUUGUCUUUAAAAGGAGAUCGCUGGUUCGAUUCUCUGCAGCAGUAUUCGACGCCAUGAAACAAUCAUGCGUACCUGAUGUGGUGCUACGGCUGUAAAGUACUACAGCUGUAUUAACCGACUGUGAUAGAAUUACACUUUUUUGAUUUCGUAAUAAGAUAUUAUUCGUUGUGCCGGUUGUUGAUGUUGUCCAUUAUAUAUGUAUUUGGAUCAUAGGAAAAAAAAUAAAUCUUACCUUUGAAUUA